AAGUGGCCCUCACACUCACACAUUGUUCUGGGUCCAGCUGUGCCUUGUUCUUCUGUGGGCUGAGAUGACGACAGAAACGAGUGUGGGGGUGGACAGUGAGGGAGAGAGAGCAAUUGAUUCAGAGCAGAAUGCUCAUUCUGGGUUGGCAUCUCACUGUGAUGCCAAUGUGUGAAGCCUGAGGUAAAAAGGAUUUCAAUUAUUCUGAAUUGAUCAUGGUUAAAUGCUGUUGUAUGUUUUGGCUGUUGUGUUUCGCUCUCACUGCGUAACCCUCUGUUGUCAGCUGAUGUGGAAUGUGUUGUUUGACAGCAGUUAGGCAGGGGAUCCUUCAUGUUGGGCAUUUCUGAAAACUAAAGAGAAGUUCCGGGCUUUAGCAGGCAGCUUCUUUUAUAAACGCCACCUUGCAGGAUUAGUUUUUAGUAUUUGCACAUAUUAAUUUACACAGUGAGCUUUAAAAUAAAAAUAUCUCACAUAUAAACUGUAAUGUACUUUAGGUACUUUCCUAAAAUUAUGCUUUUUAAACUUUUCACUUAAUUUGUUUUGGGGGGGUAUGUGAUGGAACAACAUAAAGUGUAUAAAUGUGAACUGGUAGAAAAAUUACAGUUUUUUUUAAACAAAUGAAAGUCUUAAAAAGUGUGGCAUGCUGUUUUACUAACCUUCCCACCUUUUGCUGAAAGUACAGCUGCGAGUCUUGUGAUGUUUGUCCCCGUCAGCUUUGCACAUCUAGACACUGAAAUGUUUGACAAUUGUUUACAAAAUUGCUGAGACUUAGUCAGUAUGUAUGUUUACAUAUGGAUUUAUGUUUACCCAGUAUCAAGUCUUUUGGAGCCUCUAAGAUGUUUUCUGUGCCCCAUUUUAUUUUUGCUCCAUUCAUCAUUCCCCACAGCAUGCUUCUGCCGCCACCAUGUAGACCAAAAGAUUUAUUCUUUGUUCACAUCAGAGCACAUUUUUCCACAUGUUUGCUGUAUCAUCUACAUGACUUCUGGCAAACUGCAAACAUCACCUCUUAAGGUUUCUUUCAGCCAUUGCUUUCUGAUUGCCACCUUUCCAUAAAGGACAAAUUUGUAAUAGUUUUCAUGUCCUCGGGUUCUCCCACCUGAGCUUUGAAUCUCGGCAAUUCCUCCGGAGUUACUAUAGACCUCAUGGCUGCAUCUUUGAUUAUGCAGCUGUGCCAUACUCUUUUCAUUUACGGAUGGUGGAUUGAAUAGUGAUCCAUGAGAUGUUCGGGUUAUUGUUCAUUAAUGUUCUCUAACAAACCUCCAAGAGCUUUACAAAGCAACUGUAUGCUGAGAAUGAAUUACACACAGGAGAACUUUAUUUACUGCUUAGAUGACAUCCAAAGAGGACUCUUAUCCUUUUUGUGUUCUUCUGAUGGCAAUGUUGGAGGGUUGAAAAGAGAAAACAGUGUCUAGAGCAGGGCUCUGCAACCUUUACAAUCAUUCAUUUUUAAAGAAACAUUUUAUUUACUAUUUUUAGGUUUUAAAGUACAACAUGAAAAAGCAAAAAGAGGAUGGAUAUGUGUUCUUUGAUGGGAUGUUGAUAUUUGUGGAACAUUAUGUAAAAAAAAAGUACAUAGUUUCCUACCUAAUGACAAAAAAAGCACAUCUACAAAAUUAUUGCUGGUACUUCUAGUAUCAUUCUGUUGUGGAAAUCGAAUGCAAUUAUUCAAUGAAAAAAACAGAAAAACUGCUAAGGCCUGCAUUUGUUAUUAUAUAUUUAAAAACAUUAGUUGGCUCUUUAUUGUUUUUAGCCAAAGUUAAGAGCCAUUUGUGAAGGUCCAGAGAGCCACUUGCCGCAGGUUGCAGACCUCUGGUCUAGAGGAAAAAACACUUUUGAGUAAUGGGUCUCAGAUCACUGAGCUUUGUAUCUGCCUCUUCCAGGUACCACAACCUCUUUGUAGUCUUUGAACAGAAAACCAAUAUCCCAAGAUGCAGUGGUGCAAGUGGGCUGGGAGCUGGAGGUCACAUUUGCCAAGACAGUCUGCUGAGCCAGAGGUUGAGGACUCUUUUGACUUCCUUUUUAAAAUCAUCCUGGUUGGAGACUCAGAUGUCGGGAAGACGUGCAUGGUGCAGAGAUUCAAGUCUGGCAUAUUCAUCGAGAAGCAGCAGAACACCAUCGGAGUCGACUUCACUGUUCGCACCCUGAACAUUGAUGGAAAAAAGGUGAAGAUGCAGAUUUGGGACACUGCUGGACAGGAGCGUUUCCGCACCAUAACACAGAGCUACUACCGCAGUGCACAUGGAGCCAUGGUGGCCUACGACAUCAGCCGCCGCAGCACAUUCGAAUCUGUUCCCCACUGGAUCAGGGAGGUGGAGCAGUACGGAGCAGCCAGCGUGGUAGUGAUACUUGUUGGUAAUAAGUCGGACCUCCAUGCUCAGAGACAGGUGCUGUUCGAGGACGCGUGCACUCUGGCCGAAAAGAGCGGCCUGCUGGCUGCUCUGGAGAUGUCAGCUAAGGAGGCCCAGAACAUAGACACCGCCUUUAUCCUCAUGGCUCGGGAGCUGCUGGCACGCAACGGCAUGGCCAUCGCAGAGCAGAACUCUCAUUGCUCUCCCCAGUUCAUGCUGAGUGACUGCUCUCACCCAAUUCAAGUCACUGUUUCUGACAAUAAAAAGUGCGGGUGCUGAACAAACAGAGUCCGAUUUGGCAUUUAAUACAAGUUUAAGGAGAGCCUAAUGGAUUGGUUUCUUUAAAGACUGUGUUUGAAUGUUGGGUUUUAGUUAUGUGGGACGAAGGUUUUGUACAUUUUCUUGUUAUAGUAUUCAUAAAUCUCAUUGAUACCUGUAACACAGGUUUGUAAUAUUCCUCUGGGGGUUUAACUGCUGCUAAAUGUGAUAACCACACCUUUACUGGAGGACUCUGUACCACCAUCUCACCACAGUAAACACAAUUUUCACUCCA